AGCUGAUCUGUAGCUGCCUGUUCGCAGUCUGCGCUUGCAGGGGUCUUGUAGGAGGCGCUGACACAACGGAGCAGGGCAGGCUUGGGCUGAGGAGUGUCGCGUCAGUCGCGGACGCGCCGUGGAAAAGGUGCUUUUGUUGAUGUGAAAUCGGAGAGCCCUCCUUGCAGCACGCUUGGGGUGCUCCCGCUACCAGCCCCGGAGCCAGACGGACUGAACCGCGCGCACAGGGAGGCAGGGAAGUUCGGUUCAGCACUGACCUGUGCAGUUUACCGACCAGCUUCGCUCCAGUCUGGACCCCAUAGCCCUCGUGGAGUGUGGGGUUGACGAUCCGGGACACAAAAAGCGGGCAUCCUGAACCAUCCUCUUGUCUAGACGCUUGAGCGGAGCAGAGCCAAGAUAUAAGCCAGAGCCUGAAGAAAACCUGAACGCCGGCAUUACAGUACGCCGGCAUUAUCACCCAGAAACGUGUGUACGGCAAGCAAUUUUUGCUUCCGUCUAAACGUUAGCCAGCCCCGCUGCCAGACGGGGAUUGUUCUCAUUUUCGACCCAGAGUGGGUAGAGGAAACCUUUCGGAGCUGAAAGAGAGAACGCAAACCUUGUUGGAAGGCCUUACUUAUACAUCACGUGUUUCAGAUUUUGGAUAGCGAUCGUGCCCUUCUACCGGAUAUUAGCCGCCUUCGGGUUGAUACUAGCCCUGACGCUUGACAAGUCUGUAAGCUGCCCCGGAGCCGCGGGACUCGGGACACCCCCUGGCCGGGAAACAUGGAGAUAAACACGGUCUUCAGAUGGUGCUAUUGUUGUUUGAUAACUUUCGUCGGAUAUGGACUCGUGACGGGUGAACAAGAGUUUCUGGAGGAAUCAGACGUUGGGAGAGUAAAAAGAACUGGCAAAAGUGCUUCAGUAUUGACAGGACCCAAUGUGUGCGGCUCGCGGUUCCAAUCAUACUGCUGCCCGGGAUGGAGAACGCUGCCCAGCGGUAACCAGUGCAUAGUCCCUAUUUGUAAGAACACAUGUGGGGAAGGCUACUGUUCCAGACCCAACUCCUGUACCUGUCCUGGAGGGAAGACCGGGCCGGCCUGUUCUGGAGGUGGUUCAGGUAUUGGUGGUGUUGGUAUAAGCUUUUGUACCAGAAGAUGCUUUAACGGAGGGACCUGUGGCGGAUCGCAGUGUAGCUGUCCGGGAGGAUUCAUCGGGCCCCACUGUGGACAGCCUGUGUGUUCGGAGGGGUGCCUGAAUGGUGGGCGGUGUGUGGGACCAAACAGGUGUGCCUGUGUCUAUGGAUUUUCUGGGCCAAGAUGUGAGAAAGACUACAGGACAGGACCAUGUUUCACGAAAGUGGAGAACCAGAUGUGCCAAGGACAGCUCUCUGGUGUGGUGUGUACCAAGACCCUGUGCUGUGCCACCAUUGGCCGAGCCUGGGGCCAUCCAUGUGAGCAGUGCCCUGCGCAGCCGCAGCCAUGCCGCAGAGGCUUCCUCAUGCACCAAAAGUCUGGGGACUGUGUAGACAUCGACGAGUGCCAGGCCAUUCCCAACCUGUGUCAGGGAGGCCUGUGCAUCAACAAUCCUGGCUCCUUUGUUUGUCAGUGUGGAGAAGGCUACAGGAGAGAUCCUCAAGAUGGGAAGUGUGUGGAUGUCAAUGAGUGUGAUACCAUCCCUAACCUAUGUGCUGGAGGAGAGUGCACCAACACAAAGGGAGGCUACAUGUGUACAUGUCCCGACGGGUAUGUCAUAAAUGCUGGUGGCACCAAGUGUAUAGAUCAACGUCAGGAUGUUUGCUACAGAGAGUUCACCACCCCAGGAAGGUGUGUGAAUGCUCUGCCUGUCCGCACCACCUACCGGGACUGUUGCUGUGAGCAACGUGGCAGAGGCUGGGGAUCACCAACAUGUCAGCUCUGUCCAGAGACCUCAGAGGAUGAGUUUCCUCAACUUUGCCUUGUGGAUGAGGUUAUUGGGCCGACAUAUCCUGGUGGAGUGAUUCCUGGUAGACCAGGCACAGGCAUACCAGGCUUUCCUGGGGGAAACUUGAUUCCAGGGAGGCCUGAUGGACCGCAGUUUCCUGAUGGACCAGGACCUGUUGGACCUGUUGGACCAGGAGAAGUGAUUCCAGGAACUCCCGGUGGACCUGAUGGACCACGACCAGGUGGGCCAGGUGGGACAGGAACAGGUCCUUUUGAGGAGAAUGUUUGCCAGCAGUUCCGUAACCUGUGCCUCCAUGGCAGGUGUGUGGACACAAUCGGCUCCUACACCUGUGCCUGUGAUGAUGGGUACAGGCUAGAUGCUGUCAGCCCAGCUUGCGUGGAUAUCAAUGAGUGUUCUCGCAGCAACCUGUGUGCCCACGGCUCAUGUACCAACACACUGGGCUCAUACCAAUGCACCUGCGACAAGGGAUGGAAACCUGCUCCCAACCAACUGUCUUGCCUUGAUGUUGAUGAGUGCUCUGAGAACGGGCGCGUAUGUUCCAACGGUCGCUGCAUCAACACACAGGGAAGCUUCCGGUGCCUGUGUGACAUGGGGUACAAGUUGGCUCCUGAUGGUGCCUUCUGUAUCGACAUGGAUGAAUGUGACACCACUGGAAUGUGUUCUAACGGUGUCUGUAUCAACAUGGAUGGCAGCUUCAAGUGCGUCUGCAACCCAGGCUACAAGCUGGCACCAACAGGAAAACUCUGCUUGGAUAUUGAUGAAUGUGAUGAGAGGCCCAACAUAUGCAAGAUGGGGACAUGCAUCAACAAUCAGGGUUCCUUCCGCUGCGAGUGUCCGGCUGGGCUCACCAUCGACAUCACUGGCAGAAUAUGUGAAGACACACUGCAAGGAGUGUGUUAUCAGGACAUAUUAGGCAGUGGCCAGUGUGUCAGUCCCAUUGACAUGCGAGUUACUAAGUCCUACUGUUGCUGUGCCACUGCCAUGAUGUCCAAGGGCAAGGGACUAGGCUGGGGAGAACCCUGCGAAUCAUGUCCUCAAGUGGCUAGUCCUGAAUACCAAACACUGUGCAUGCACGGAAAUGGGAAGGACCAUGAUGGAAGAGACAUUGACGAGUGCAUGAUGGACCCCUACCUGUGUGAAAAUGGAGCCUGCCUGAACGAGAAUGGAGGAUACACAUGUAAAUGUAACUUGGGCUUUGAGGCUGAUCCAACUGGGCACAUAUGUACAGAUAUUGAUGAGUGUGUUGUGGACAAUCUCAACUGUCAAUAUGGCAUCUGCCGCAACACCCCUGGCAGCUUCAUGUGUGAGUGUAACGAUGGUUAUCAGCUGAACACCCGCUCCAUGAGGUGUGAAGAUUUGGAUGAGUGUGUUGAGUCGCCUUGCGUGAAUGCAAGAUGUCAGAACUUACUUGGCAGCUUCAGAUGUGAGUGUGACCAAUACUACCUGACUCUGGACCCUACUGGAAGAACAUGCCUGGAUGAACGGCGUGGCACGUGUUGGUUGGCUAUCCGAGACGGGCGCUGUGAAGAAAACAUCAAUGGAGAGACUCUGAAGGAGGACUGCUGUGCCUCAUUGGGGGCAGCAUGGGGCAGCCCCUGUGAGCCAUGUGAGAAGGAUCCGUCAAAACGGAAGUGUGCACUUGGAUACACUUACCAGAAUGGCGUGUCUUGCGAAGAUGUGAAUGAGUGUGAAGUUUUCCCCAACAUUUGUGACAAUGCCAGAUGUGUCAACACUCCCGGUUCCUACCGUUGUGAGUGUUCACCAGGCUUGACACUGGACAAUUCAGGAAGGAGGUGUAUUGAUGCCCGUCAGGAGUUCUGUUACCUGGAGUACCGUUAUGGCCAGUGUCAGCGGGAACUCCCCAUCCCUGUACGCACGUCCAUCUGCUGCUGCUCUAUCGGAUCAGGCUGGAGUGAAGACUGUAUCUCUUGUCCCCGCCCAGGAACAGAUAAGUUCAAUGAACUGUGUCCCAAGGGACCUGGGUUUGCUCAGCAGCCACCAAAAGGAGGAGACAUUCUGGAUGGAGGCUUAUUCUUCCAAGAUAUCAACGAGUGUGUGAUGUUCCCGUCACUGUGUCACCACGGGCGAUGUCGCAACACCAUCGGCAGCUUCCGCUGUGAGUGCGAGGAGGGCUACGACUUGGACCAUGCAGGCAGGAACUGCACAGAUAUUGAUGAAUGUGGCAUUGCUUUUGGCAUCUGUGGCAACGGUACCUGUGUCAACCUGGAGGGCAACUUCAUGUGUAACUGUAACCCUGGGUAUGAGAGUGGCUUCAUGGGCAUGAGAACUUGCAUGGAUAUCAAUGAGUGUGAGAGGAAUCGACACCUGUGCAGAGGGGGCGUCUGUAUCAACACACCUGGCAGCUACAAGUGUAACUGCCCCGCUGGCCAUGAGCUCAACUCUGCUGGAACUGCUUGCAAGGAUAUUGAUGAGUGUAGCAUGAACAGUGAUGUCUGCUCCAAUGGCAGAUGUAUUAACGUGAUGGGGAGCUUCCAGUGCCUGUGCAGCAAGGGCUACUCUGAGACAGAUAACAGGAGGAGCUGUGAAGAUUUUGAUGAAUGCUCUGUAAAUAAUGGAGGAUGCCAGACCUCUUGUACCAACAUUGUGGGCAGCUUCGAGUGUAGCUGUGAGCAGGGAUAUGUACUUGGACCAGACAAGAGGAGAUGCAUGGAUGUGGAUGAGUGUGCAGACACCCCGGACCUGUGUGGGGGUGGAAUGUGCACCAAUGAGCCUGGCACCUACAGCUGCAACUGUAUCGACGGCUUCAUCACGGAGCCUUCUGGCAAGAUGUGCAUGGACGUGGACGAAUGUGACCUCAACCCCAACAUCUGUCAGAACGGGCAGUGUGAGAACACCAGGGGGUCCUUCACCUGUCUCUGUGAUCCCGGAUAUUCUGUUAAGGGCGAGGGAGAGGGAUGCACAGAUGAUGAUGAGUGUGAGCUGGGCCUAGCACAAUGUGACAUCCACGCAGACUGUUCCAACACAGAUGGGUCCUAUAUCUGUAUCUGUAGGAAGGGCUACAUAGGAGAUGGAGUCAUCUGCAAUGAUCUGGAUGAGUGUCUGGAGGGGACCAGCACCUGUGAUCCUAAUGGCAACUGCAUGAACAUCCCUGGCUCCUACACCUGUGAGUGUAAGCAAGGUUUCCAGGGCGAUGGCUUCUUUUGCAGAGAUCUCGAUGAGUGUGCCAUCAAUGGCCGCCUGUGUGAGAAUGGGCAGUGCCUCAACAUACCUGGCAGUUACUCCUGCGACUGUGACAUGGGCUUCGUACCUCACAACAGAGACAGGGAGUGUAUAGACAUUAAUGAGUGUGCAUCUUUUGACGGAAACAUCUGUGUCAACGGAGAGUGUAUGAACUUGCUGGGAACCUUCAAGUGCAUGUGUGACAUGGGAUACGAGCUGGAUAAGAGUGGUGGAAACUGUACAGAUCAGAAUGAGUGUAACCUGAAGGAAAAGUGUCUGAAUGGAAUAUGUACCAACUUCCCUGGUGGCUACACCUGCGACUGUCCUCCCAACUUCAUCUCCAACACUGCUGGGACUGGCUGUGUUGACCCCAGGAGAGGGCUUUGCUACUUUGACUACCAGGAGCGGGGAGAUGUGGAGGUGUGUACGCAGGAUGUGGGAUCAGACAUGUCCCGAGCUGCAUGCUGCUGCAGUCUGGGACAAGCCUGGGGAGACCCGUGUGAACCCUGUCCUCCCGUCAACUCAACUGAAUACAAUACACUGUGUCCGGGUGGUGAAGGCUUUAAACCCAAUGAUGUCACUGUCAUUUUGGAAGAUAUUGAUGAGUGUAUGGAGUUGGUGGGCCUGUGUCAGGGUGGCAUGUGUGUCAACACGUUUGGCAGCUUCACCUGUGAGUGUCCCCGAGGCUUCACAUUGGACAGAGACUCCCGCACCUGUAAUGACAUUGAUGAGUGCCUGAUUGACCCCACCAUAUGUGGAGCAGGCACCUGUCUGAACACAAUUGGCAACUACACCUGUGUAUGUCCUAAUGGUCACAUGGCCAUCAACGGUGGUCGCAGCUGUAUGGACAUGAGGAAGAGUUUCUGUUUUGCCAUGGUGAAGGGAGGACGGUGUGAGAACCCCACCAGCUUCAACCUGACGGAGCGGAGCUGCUGCUGCUCAGUGGGGGCCGGCUGGGGAGACCCCUGCAUAACCUGCCCUGUGGAGAGGACUGAUCCCUUCAUAGAACUUUGUGGUUCACCUGAUAAGGGUGUAGUGAUUGAUCCUAAUACUGGAGAAGCCAUUGACAUUGAUGAAUGUCAGACUAUCCCAGACUUGUGCCAGAAUGGCAUCUGUAUCAACAGUGUGGGCAGCUAUCGUUGUGAGUGCCCAUCAGGCUUCCAGUUCAGCUCAGACUUGCUGAUAUGUGAAGACAUCAAUGAGUGUUUCCUGGGACAGAACCCUUGUGAUCCAAGUGCAGUUUGUGUAAACAUCCCUGGAAGUGUCAAAUGUGGCUGUGAUCCGGGCUACAAACUCUUACCCAACCAGAUCAGCUGCAGAGAUGUGGAUGAAUGCACAGAACAACCAGGAAUUUGUGGCCAGGGGCGCUGUACUAACUUACUGGGCAGCUACAACUGUUUCUGUGACAACGGGUUCAGGCUGUCAGAAGACAGGUCCACUUGUGAAGAUGUGGAUGAAUGCGGACGCUUUCCAGGCAUGUGUGGGAAUGGAACGUGCCAGAAUACUCUUGGGUCCUACAACUGCUUCUGUUUUGGAGGAUUCAAGCUGACUGAUAACAAUGACUGCAUUGAUAUUGAUGAGUGCUCGGUUCUGAGCUCCAUCUGUAUGCAGGGAUUCUGCCAGAAUGUUCCUGGUGGUUUUAACUGUAUCUGUGACCUGGGAUUCGAACAAAGUCCAGAUGGCAGGAACUGUAUUGAUAUUGAUGAAUGCAGAGUGCCAGGUACAUGUGGGUCUGGUACAUGUAGGAACACAGAUGGGUCCUUCUACUGUGAGUGCUACGAUGGGUACAGGAUCAACCCCAGGGGAGACUUCUGUGAAGACAUUAAUGAAUGUGAGCUGCCUGGUAGAUGUCAGAAUGGAGAGUGCCAAAACUAUGAUGGAGGUUUCCAGUGCACCUGUCCUGAUGGCUUCCAACUGGAUGAUGAUGGCAACAAGUGCAUGGAUAUGAGGGAAAGCUACUGCUUCAACAAGUUUGAAGCCAGCCAGUGCAGAACCCCCCGUGCCAUGAACACCACCAAGAUGAAAUGCUGCUGCAGCAUGGGUGCCGGCUGGGGCGAUCCCUGUGAGGUGUGUCCUGACAAGGAGGAUGAUCCUGAAGGCUUCAGUGUCCUGUGUCCUGGUGGAGCUGGCUUUGAAGUUAAUGGAGGAAACCUUCUCGUGGACAUCAACGAAUGUGGCAUUGACCCACUCAAUAUCUGUAAUGGUGGGACAUGUGUCAACACUGACGGGUCCUUCAGGUGUCAGUGUACGCCAGGCUACCUACUGGACGAUACAGGACUCAACUGUAUCGAUGCUGAUGAGUGUGCAAUUGGAAACCCAUGUGGGAAUGGUACCUGCACCAAUGUUAUUGGUGGCUUUGAGUGUGACUGCUUUGGUGGCUUUGAGCCGGGUCCUAUGAUGAUGUGUGUAGAUGUGGAUGAGUGUGCCUAUGAUGGGACUCUGUGUGCCUUCCGUUGUCUGAACGUACCAGGGUCAUACAAGUGCACAUGUCCAAGGGGAUUCACUCUGACUGCUGAUGGCAAGCACUGCAGAGAUCUUGAUGAGUGUUCAAGCCCAGCCCUGAAUGACUGUCCGCCCACUUUGAGGUGUAAGAACUUUGUUGGGACGUACCAGUGUCUGUGCCCAGAAGGAUACACCAAAGUGGGCAUCACAUCAGAUGUUUGCGUGGAUAUUGAUGAAUGCACUCUUGGAGGGAAGUGUGAGAAUGGCGUCUGUGUCAACACCAGGGGUGGGUUCAGGUGUGACUGUUUCGAUGGCUACGAAGUUUCUCUGGAUGGGAAACAGUGCUAUGACCGCCGGCAGGGCUACUGCUACACCAGCCGUAGUCGAUUGUGUAUUAGGGAGUUCCAGGGCCCAGAGACGGUCACCAAGGCAGAGUGUUGCUGUGAUGGAGGUGGUGCCUGGGGCAGUGACUGUGAAGCUUGUCCGCGCAAGGGUUCUGUUGACUUCAGCAACACCUGCCCACAUGGUCCUGGCUUCACCCCUGAUGGUCAAGACAUCGAUGAAUGUAAGGUUCGACCAAACCUGUGUGAGAAUGGGGAAUGUGUCAACACCUUGGGAUCCUACAAGUGCAUGUGUGAAGAGGGCUUUGUUGAAGACUUCAGCGGACAAAAAUGUGUAGAUGUGGAUGAGUGUGAGGAGGACAAACCUUGUUCCUUCACCUGUAAGAACACAGAGGGCAGCUAUCUUUGCACGUGUCCCAAAGGCUAUAUCCUGAAUGCAGAUGGCAAGACUUGUCAAGAUCUUGAUGAGUGUGACGCAAAGGGAGACAACUGUCAGUACAUCUGUGUGAACCUAGUGGGAGGUUUCACCUGCCAGUGCCCACCUGGCUUCAACCAGAUUCAUCUCACCUGUGUGGAUGUGAACGAGUGUAAUGCCCAGGCUGGUGUGUGUGGAGUUAACGGGCAGUGCCAGAACAUGGAGGGCUCGUACCAGUGCCAGUGUUCACAGGGCUUCAAUCUCGACCCAGACACACAACAAUGUCAGGGUAUGUCCGUGGCAGCAAAUGUGAAUGAGUGUGAUGGCACCCACAGGUGCCAGUCUGGGUGCCAGAACACGGUGGGUGGUUUCCGCUGUGGUUGUCCACCUGGAUUUGUACAGCAUUACUACUGGAACCAGUGUGUUGAUGACAAUGAAUGUGUGAAUGGAAACACCUGUGGCGGGGCCACCUGUUACAACACUGUGGGCAGCUUCAAGUGUGCCUGUCCAUCUGGCUACAACUUUGACCAGUCAUCAGGAGGCUGCAGAGAUAUCAAUGAGUGUGGUUCUCCCAGCAACCCCUGCUCGUUUGGUUGCUCCAACACUGAUGGAGGGUACAGUUGUGGCUGUCCACCAGGGUACUUCCGCAUUGGACAGGGGCAUUGUGUGUCCACUCUUGGGAUCGGGCCUGUUGGCGGGCCUGGCAAGAGCAUAGACAGCGGUUCAAAUUCCGACACAUGCUAUGAGUGCAAUCUCAACAACGUGGAGCAUCAAAGAAGAAAGAGAGCUGUCAACGGCUCAGAAGAGAUUGUUGUAGAUGAUGGGGAUGACAGUGAGGAGGCUACAGAUUCCCCUGACACAGAGGAGCCCGACAAGAACAUGAUCAUCGAGGACCAGCCUGCCAAGGAUGUGAACAAUGUUGACACCAACAAAGAUGCCAUGCUGGAAGAUGCCGAGACCAAAAAGGUUGUGGAUGGAGUCCAAACUCCCAUCACACUCCGUGUCAAGCUACACAAUGCCCACCCGAAGAGGCGGUUGUUGAAGAUCCAGCCUGCCUUAGACUACCUGGUAGGUCGAGCCCAUUACAAGAUUGUAGAUGGGAACAAUGAAGGGCUGUUCACGAUAGUGGAAGGUCGCAAAGUCAGCUCCUUGCAGUUUGCCAGAGAGCUGGAUACAUCAGGCGUUUACAACCUACAGAUUGCUGAGUACAUUGAUGGGCAAACAAAAGAGGAGAAUGAAGCUGUAGAGGAGUUGGAACGUGAAAAACCUUUGUUCAUGAGGGUCACAGUUCUCAUUCUCCAAUAAUGUACAUGUUCGCAUAGUAGGGCUAUCUCUGUGCCAUUUGUAAAUCCUUUUGGUAUUGGACACAAGAAAAUGAACAUCGUUCCAUCCUAUCUCUGCAAAGUCUAUUAUUCUCAUCAUGAGAGUUUGUAAUUUUGAAAUGAAGUAUUGAUAUGAGUAGGAAGUGUGCAAAGUCCAAACUAUAAAAAAUAUGUAUGUUCUAACUGAGAAUUGUGGAUUGUGUUAGCCGGUGUAUCCCAAAGAAAUGCAGUACCAGUCAAACAAAUUUCCUGGACAAAACCUUUGUUAUAUCUACUUUACUUAAUACAGUCUUUUUGUACACUGCAGGAAAAAAAAAGAUAUAAAAAAAGGACAAAAAAUAUGCAAUUUUCUGUACUCUCUUAGAGGCAUAAAAUGUUAACGUAUUUUAUAAGCCAACAAACUGAGUUUGUACUACCACGUGAAUUAGUUAUUUCUUGUAUUGUCGGCAUAGCUAAUAGUGAUGAGUUUUGAGAGAAUUAAGAGGAAAGAACUAUGAUAUACCUUCUUUGGAGAUUCAUGUACAUGUAACCUACAUAGUAAUGAACAUUGUGCAUCAUACCAAUGUGUAUAAAGCUGUGAUCAUUAUCUCUCAAGUAACACAAUUUAAGGCCAAUGUUUCAACAAGAUACUAUAGGCCAUUUUUUUUUCUUUACUGAAUAUACAAUCAAGUAGCUUUUCUAAGUUUAAAUACGCUGCUAAGUGUUGUCAGUAGUAUGGCAGGGCAUUGAAUCACACAAGUAAUUAUGUUACAUUUAUUUGCACAUCUGGCUUCCAAGGUAGAAAACCUAACAAAUACUUGAAAUCGUUCCUUUUCAAAAGUUAUCUGUAGAUGAUAUUUGUAUGUAAGCAAAUAAGGGUGCUUACAAAUUAUAACCAACUGCAUAAGUUGAAUGAAAACCUUUUUGAAUGUAAAAAGGUUGUUAUAGUCUUUACCGGUGAACUUUGCCUCGUCAUAUCAGCAUUCACUUGACCAUUCUAUGUCACUCAUAGAAAGAUGCUUUAUUCAUGAAGUAAAAAGGAGUCAUUGUAGACUUCCCUAAAAAAAGUUGACCCAAUUUACCAUGGUGCUAUUCACACCCUUCGGAAUGAAAUUGUAGAUAAUAGUCAGAGGCAGACAGAUUGAUUCAAAUGCUCUGUUGGUGGACCAAGAAAAUGUUUUGAGUGCACUUAUGUGAGGGGCAGCUGAAUGUCUAAUGGUUUCCAAGGAUAGUCAUUCCAUAAGCAAAUAAAGAUGUAUGCAAUUUCUGCCUUCA